AUGAAGGAGCUGCUGGUGGUCCUGCUGGUCGGCUGUGGUCUGGCCCAAUGCACCACUCUGACAAAGUGUCAACUGAAGGAGCAACUGGGGGAGGCGAUCGACAAACUGGGAAAGACGGGACUGGGAGACAGCCUGGACAUACAGGCCAAAAUCGUCUGCUACGCGGAGCUGACCUCUGGAUUCAACACCAGUGCGGUGGGGGAGAAGAAGGUGGGCAGCUCCACCUGGGCGCUGUACGGGAUCUUCCAGCUCAGCGAUCACGUGAUCUGCAGCGACGGAGAAACUCCAUCUCUCAACAAAUGUAGUAAAAGCUGCUCGGACCUGCUCGACAGCGACAUCAGCGAUGACAUGGACUGUCUGCUGGAGACCCUGAUCGACCUCAUUAAACUGGGGUUCCAGGCGCCGCACCUGGAGGAGGUGGGGAUGAUGGCCAAGAUGAUCCUGUUCCACCGGGAGUGCAUGGAGCAGAAACCCAGCGACUACUUCUCUGAGUGUGGCUAAAGCAAACGGAUUCAUCACCGAUAUAAAGCGAAACAUGUUUCACUAAUUGCAGCAAGUGUUUGUCUGUGAUAAUAUUGGAAUGUAAAGAAUCUGCCUGCAAGUAGAAUAAACAGUGAAUCCUGCUGGGUGUCUGAAAGCGUUUGUGAGUGUGUGCUCGUCCUGGUGCGUGUGUGUUUAAAACAAAAUAAAAUCUGCUUCUGGAAUGACACUAUCUUCAUCAUCUUCAUCAUCUUCAUCAUCAUCGUCAACACCAUCAUCACCAUCAUCUU